AUCUUCCCCCCAAAUACUAUAAACCCUCUCACUUUCCUUCAUUUCUGAGCUCCAAUUCUCUACUCCAAUGGCGGCACCAAACCUCUUCAUCUUCUUCUACAUAACCCUAACUCUCUUCACUUACGCAUCUUCACAAACUCUUCACGAACAACAACAACAACAACAAUCGGACGAUUCGUCUCUCCAAAUCAAGCACCAACACCUCCUCUCAAAGAUCCAAAAUUUAGAGUCAAGCAUUGAUGAGAGGAGCCGUGAAAUUAAUGUCAAAGAUGAAAGAAUUAAACAGUUGGAGAUGAUUGUUCUUGAGAAAUCAAAUAGUUUGACCGCCUUGCAUAGUGAAAUUCAAUCUCUCCAGAAAAAGGAAUCCGUUUAUGCCAAGGAAGUAGAGGGCGAGGCACUUACACGAGCUAGUGAACUUGCAAAGCAGGUUGAUAAUCUUAAAGCGGAAAUAUCAAAGCAAAACACAAAAAAGGAAGCAUUGGAAGCUCGAAUAAAUGUCGCUGAGAAAAGAAUUGCUGAAUUGAAUGUGAAGCUUGAAAAGCUCCAGAAGGUAAAUGAAGAACAGAAGAUUAGAAUCCAUAAUACAGAAAACGCUCUACAAAAGGCUGAGGAAGAAAGAAUCAGACUACGACUUAAUGCUGCUCGCUACUCUAAAGAAUUGGAAGAGGUCCAUGAUUCAUGGCUUCCAUCUUGGUUCGCAGUUCCUUUAUUUCACUAUCAGUCCGUUUUGGUAACUCAUUGGAAUGUGUACGGAAGACCAGCUCUGGAUAUUACAGUUCAAAAGGUACUGGAAACACAAGCUAAAGUUCGAAAGUGGGCACGACCUCACAUUGAUGACUUGCACACUAAGUGGAUUCCUUCCAUCAAGGAUCAGUGGCUUACGUUUGUGACAAAUACAGAACCAUAUGUGCAACUACUUACCUCAAAGACCGUUGAAAUGUACAAUGAAACUGAGAAAAGCUUAAGGCCUCACAUUACCAACAUACAAACUCUUUUGGAUCCGUACAUUAAGGAAGCUAAGAAGUUCACAAAGCCCUACAUCAAUCAGCUUUCAAAGACACUGGGACCGCAUAUCAAUAAAACACGCAUUUUCCUCAAGCCGUAUACGAAGAAAAUACUCCGUGGUUAUAGAAGGUUUUCUAAGACAACCGUAAAAUACCAUCGCCAGGUUCAUGCUAACAUUCAUCAAGUACUGAAGGAAAAUGAAUUUACACGCCCCUUUGCAAGUUAUGAGUUGGCGUGGCUUCUGGCCUCUGCUGUUAUGGUUAUACCUGUGAUGGUUCUGUUUUCAUGGCUGUCAGCUUUAUUCAGUAAAAAACCUAGAAGGCGUACCCGUGCUCAUACAGCUCAUUCACGGCGUAGGCCAAAACGUGUGCAUCCAGACAAGGCAAGCGCAUCGAGAUAGUCCUGCACUAAUACUUCUAUCAGAUAAAAUCUAGAGCCAUUAGCUGCAGCUGCCAUCAACAUAUUCCGAGUGGUAAUUCACAUUUAGAAUGGAAGACCUGCUCGUGGUAGAAGGCGAAUCUAGCUUUUUAUCAUACAAAUAUGAAAUCACUUGUGUAUUAAUUCUACUUGAUAGACUUUAAUAUUUAGAAAUACAAAAGAUAUGGGAAACGAUAUCCUUGUCACUAAUAUAAGACUUGUUUUGGUUUC